UGAGUGCGUGCAUGUUCACGCGAAGGGGGAGAACACCGGAAAUAGAUUUUUUUUGCGGAAAGAGUAGUGUGCUGAAUUUUGGAUCAGUUAUCUAAUGUUUUCUCUUCAUUCGUGUUUUUGAUUUUGACAUAUCCUGCUUAUUUGGUGGAACGAUGUCGGUUGUACCUCCCAACCGACCUUCAACCGGUUGGCCACGCCGUGGACUGAACCAGUUCGAAAACAAAUACAUCAGCCCGUCUUCCAAACCUGUCACGCUGGAGAGAACCAUCAACUUAUAUCCCCUCACGAAUUACACGUUUGGCACAAAGGAACCUCUCUACGAGAAGGAUAGCUCGGUAACGGCUCGGUUCCAGAGGAUGCGGGAUGAGUUCGAAAAAGUAGGCAUGAGGCGGGCAGUGGAGGGUGUUCUGAUCGUACACGAGCACAGGCUACCACACGUUCUACUGCUGCAGUUGGGGACAACCUUUUUCAAACUUCCUGGUGGAGAAUUGAAUGCAGGGGAGGACGAAGUGGAUGGACUGAAGCGAUUGAUGACAGAGAUCUUGGGGCAUCAGGAUGGAGUGAAGCAGGACUGGGUGAUCGAUGACUCUAUUGGAAACUGGUGGAGACCCAACUUUGAGCCCCCACAGUACCCCUACAUCCCAGCACACAUUACCAAACCCAAAGAGCACAAGAAGCUCUUUUUGGUUCAGUUGCAGGAAAAAGCACUGUUUGCAGUGCCCAAGAACUACAAGCUGGUGGCUGCCCCUCUCUUUGAGCUGUAUGACAAUGCCCCAGGCUACGGGCCAAUCAUAUCCAGUCUCCCACAACUGCUGAGUAGGUUCAACUUCAUAUACAAUUAAAUCCUACUACUUGAAUGUGGCGACACAAGGACUGUCUCUGUGAGUUCAGCCUGGGCAGAAGAGAAUGGGCAAGCAGGAUGUCACUACACUUCUCUUAAAACAGUCACCAGUGAUACUACACAUUUGAAAUAUUGAGCUGGAUGUUGUUUAGAAAAUAAGAGAAUGUAUUAAUCUUUCUGUGUCAACUUUUACAGAACUAUUACUUUGUGACAAACAUUUUGUAGUCACACAAGUAUUGAUUUUCUAUGUUUGUAGAUGGGAGUUGACUGUUUUAGAACAGUUUUUAAAUCAUUGUAACAUACUACUUUGUCAUCUUUCAUUACUUUUUAAGGAAUUACCAAGGAGUUAUCUUUUAUUUUCAAUUAAAGAUGGCUUUAAAACAA